CGAUUGUGUUUUCAGCAACCGGUAACUGGGUGGGUUCUUUAUAUGCGCUACAGUCAAUUAUGAUUGCAUGUCUACUUAUAUGAACUAUAUAAUUAUUAAUAUACACCUAUUGUAUGAUAGCUAGCAAAUUAAUUAGCUAACUAACAUUAGCCUGCCUAGCUGGAACCUCAAGAAUUAAAAUAUUUUAUUUAUACUAUUUCCAAAAGCUAACCAAACAAAAACAUUACUUUUACGAGACAUGUUUUUGCAUUAGUAGCACCAUUUCUAACUUAUUUACAUGUUGCAAACUUCCCUGCUUGGCUAAUAAUUUGGACCGACGACAAAUAUGGCCGCGGGAUUCCCCCCAAGGGCACAAGGCGAGGUGAGACAGUUGGGCAGCUGUCAAUGUCCAUUCCCCAUGUCAUUCUCCCAGAUCACCCAGUCUUUGUAUCUGGGUGGUGUGGACACAGUCUUCAAGCCCACCGGUCUCUACAGUAGGAACAUAACUCUGAUUGUCAACGCCACUGCAGAGUACCGUCCUCCGUAUGAGGGGGUGGAGUGUUUCCAGGUACCCGUACUGGACCAGCCUCACGCCCCCCUGGCCUGCUACUUCGAUGCUGUUACAGAACUUAUCCAUAACAACCACUCAGGGAGUACGCUGGUCCACUGCACUGCAGGCCGGAGCCGUUCACCUACCCUAAUCAUGGCUUACCUGAUGCGGUAUGAGGGGGUAUCACUGCGCCAGGCCCAUGAGUGGGUCCUGAAGUACAGGCCUCAUAUCCGACCCAAUGCUGGUUUCUGGAGGCAGCUGAUGGAGUAUGAGAGGAGGCUCUAUGGGAAGAAUACUGUGAGGAUGGCAGCUACCUCCUGUGGUGUGCUGCCUGAGGCUCUGGAUGGACAGGAGGCUAUUUACUGUGUGAAUGGCUGAUGGUAUGUGUCCCAAAUGGCACCCUAUUCCUUAUGUAGUGCAUUACUUUUGACGAGCCUAAACUGAAAAGAGUGCUAUUUGGGAUUUGUCAUAGAUGUAUAUGAGAAAAUAAAACAAAUUGCUAUAAAAAAUAU